AUGCCUAAAUUUACUUGUUUAUUUAAUUUAUUUUUAGGAUAACUGGGUUGACCUUGUGCCUGAGAAUAAAUGGGAUGUCAUUGAUUGGGCAGCAUGUGUUAAUGAAGAUAAGCUGAUUAUCUGUUACAUGCAUGAUGUUAAGAACAUUUUACAAAUUAAUGACCUUAAGACUGGAGAAAAAAUCACUACUCUUCCUCUAGAGGUUGGCACUAUAAUAGGUUUCUCUGGAAAAAAGAAAGAUAAAGAGAUUUUCUAUCAGUUUACAUCUUUCCUAACACCAGGAGUAAUAUACCACUGUGAUCUAACGAAAGAGAACUUAGAACCAAAGGUAUUUCGUGAAAUCAAACUCCCAGGAUUUGAUGCCUCUCUAUUUUCUACCAAUCAAGUAUUUUAUCCUAGUAAGGAUGGGACUAACAUACCAAUGUUUAUUGUGCACCGAAAGGAUGUUGUGUUAGAUGGUAGCAGCUCUUGUUUGCUGUAUGGAUAUGGUGGGUUUAACAUCAGCAUCCAACCAAGCUUUAGCGUGUCACGCCUGAUGUACAUGCAACAUCUUGGAGGAAUUCUGGCUGUAGCAAACAUUAGGGGAGGAGGAGAAUAUGGAGAAACCUGGCAUGAUGGAGGAAAGUUGCUUAACAAACAAAUUGUUUUUGAUGAUUUUCAAGCUGGGGCAGAGUAUCUAAUUAAAAACAGAUAUACCAAUAGUAAAAAGUUGAUUAUUAAUGGAGGUUCAAAUGGAGGAUUACUGGUUGGGGCCUGUACAAAUCAACGUCCUGACUUGUUUGGUUGUGUUAUCUGUCAAGUUGGUGUUAUGGACAUGUUGAGGUACCACAAGUUUACUAUAGGCCAUGCAUGGAGAACCGAGUUUGGAAGUGCAGAAAACAGAGAACAGUUCCAUUACAUUUACAAAUACUCACCUCUCCACAAUAUACAAGUUCCAUCAAAUGGUGUUCAGUAUCCAGCCAUGUUGCUUCUGACUGCUGAUCAGGAUGAUAGGGUUGUUCCUCUACAUUCUCUCAAGUACAUUGCUGAGCUUCAGAGAACUGUGGGAAGUUCCGACAAACAGAAAAAUCCACUGUUAAUAAGAAUUGACACAAAAGCUGGUCAUGGAGCUGGAAAGCCAACCUCUAAGAUUAUUGAAGAGCUUACAGAUAUUUACAGCUUUAUCAUAGUAUCUCUUGGACUGGAGUUCAAACCAUAAAGAAUUAGACAAGUUGGUAAUCCAUAAAAUAGCAAAAUUUUACUGUGAAACUCAUUGAUCAUAUAGUCCUUAAUUGAAAAGACUGUGACACGUGUCAACCCUUUGGGUCAGGAAAUUGUUUCCUUUACAAAAGUCUCUAUUUUCUCAAAUUGAAGUGGUAUCAGAAUUUAACAUUAUCUAAUUGUAAAGAUGUUUCUUCUUUUCUCACAAAAUGUUUACCUGUUUACUGUAACAGAAAUAUAUCUAAGUGCUGUAUAGUAGUGUUUGGUCAUUGUGAAUUGAAUGAAAAAUUAAACUAAAUAUUAACUUCCAAUCAUAGCAA